AUGUCUGGUGAAGAGAAUAAUUCAAAUGAUGAAUCAAUAACAAAACCGUUAAUAGCAGAAACAAAAAUAUGUUCCAUUUGUUUAUUGAGUGGAAGUACAGAUGAUAAUGAUCCAAUUGUUUAUUGUGAUCGAUGUGGAGUGAUUGUUCAUGAAAGUUGUUAUAAUGCAGAUACAUUAGAUGAUAAAUCAUCAGAUUCAUCUUCACCAUCAGAAUAUUGGUUUUGUACACCUUGUUUAGCACAUGUUGAUGAUCCAACAUGUGCUUUAUGUCCUACAAAAGAUCGUUGUAAUGCAUUUUGGCCAACAUUAGAAUCAACAUGGAUUCAUGUUGUUUGUGCUCUUGGAGUUCCAGGUAUUUUAUAUUAUGAUGAACUUUAUUACACACCUGUUGAUUUAUCAAAUAUUUCUUCACAAAAAUUUGGAAAUAAACCAUGUCAUAUAUGUGAAUCACGAUCAGGUGUAACAGUUUCAUGUGAUGCGGGAUUAUGUCCAAAUGCAUUUCAUUUAUCAUGUGCAAAUAAAAAUGGUUUGUUACAAAUUAGAGGAGAACUGUCAAAAAUUGAAUGUGAAUUAUAUUGUGUUACUCAUCAAUCAAUAUCAGGUACAUAUAAAACAGUGCAAAGAAAUUAUACAAUAUGUGAAGUACAACAAAAGCAAUUAGAUCAUCGAGAUCAAUUAACUGAAGAUUCUCUUCAAACAUUAACGAAUUAUUGGUCGAUAUAUAAAAAACGUAGUGAAACAUUUCCAAGAUUACCAAAACCAAGUAAAACUCAUAUUGCAAGAUCUUUAAUGGUUGAUCCAGUAGCAUUAAAAAGUUUUUUUGACAAAGCUCAACGUCUUCGUCCUAAUCAAUUAACAACAUUACCAAAUAAUCUUGAUUUAACAUCAACAGAUACCAAUGCACUUCUUGCAUUUACAGCAAAUGAAGAAGAAUUAACACAAAUUCGGGAACGUAUAGCUGAUGCAGAAACAAAACUUAAUCAAUUAGAAUCAUCUUCUAUUGAUAAACAAUUAAAAGAAGAACAUAAAAAAUUAGAAACUGAACUUAAAAAAGAAUAUGAAACAUUAUCUUCAUUAACUGAUCGAUAUAAUGAAUAUAUUGAAUUAUUUAAACUUUAUAAUUGUCAAUUAAAAGAUGAUACAACAAAUCAAUUAUUAAAUAUUAAAUCUCCACAAUUAUCUUCAACAAUAUCAACAGAAACUGAUUGUUGUUCUGUUUGUAAACAAACUGAUCAAUCAAAUCAAAUGAUAAAAUGUUGUCAAUGUCAUUUAGCAUUUCAUGGUGAUUGUUUAACACCACCAAUGCCUGCUAAAACAUUAUCAGUUAUGUUAUCAGCUAGUAAAAAAUAUGAUUGGCAAUGUGCUUCAUGUGUCAAUGCACAACAAGAAGAACUUGAUCAAUGUAAUGUUAAUAUUGAUGAACCUCGUCAGAUACGUCCUAGACGUACAAAUGAACUUGUUCUACGUGAAACAGUUAUUAAAUUUGGUUCAAGAAAAAGAAAAAAUGAAUCAAAUUCAAAUAAUGGUAAUGAACAAACGGCAGAUAAUAAAAAAUCAAAAAUAACUAACGAUGAAACAAAUAAUACUUCAUCACCAUCGUCAAAAGAAAUAAUUAGUCAAAAACAAGAUGAUAAUGAAAAACCAAGUACGAGUAAAAGUCGAACAUCGGUUAUUAAAAAAUUAUUUACUAGAAAAACAACAGAUUUUACUCCAGAACCAACUCCAAAACGAUCGUCUUCAUCAACAAAAAAAAGCUCUCCUAAUCAAAAGUCUCCACGAAUAUCAAUCAAAAAACCAUCAGUAUCAAAAUCUAAUAAUUCAUCAGCAACUCCAGCUCGAUCAAAAUCAUUGAUUAUUGAACGUCGAACUCCAACAAUAUUUAAACAAAAAGCUGCAUCACUUCCAAUGACAAAACCUGAAAAGAAAAAACGUAAAACAAUGAAAGAUCCAAUGUCAAUAUUUGAUUUUGAUGAUGAUGAAGAAAAUGCAAAUGGUACUGUUGAACUUCGUUCAUCAAUAACAUUGAGUAAUGAUGAUGAGAAUAAUGAAAAAGAAAUUGAAAAACCAAAAAAAGAAGUUAAAAAGCCAAAUCGACGUUCAGCAGUAACAAUUCAAAAUAAUGUUCCGUCAGAUGCUCGAUGUAAAGAAUGUUCAAAUUCAGGAACAAAUCAAACAAUGACUGAUUGUGAUAAAUGCAAAAUUUUUUAUCAUUAUGCUUGUUGUGUUCCACCUUUAUCCUCUUUUCCUAAACGACGUAAUUAUGGAUGGACAUGUCAUCGAUGUAAUGAUGAUUCGACUGAACAUGAUACAUCGAAUGAAAUGACAACUAGUCCACCAUCAUCAAAGAAUGCAAGACGAGAACGUAAAAGUCAUAAUCGAUCUAACGAAAAAGAAGCGUUAGUUAACGAAUAA